GAGGUGGAGAUCCAGGAUGUCUCUGCUGUGUUGAAUGAUAAUACAGGCCUUGAAUACCAACUUCCGAGGCACCAAAAGUGUGCCUGCCAUCUCCUAAACCUGAUAUCUACAGUAGAUGCUGCUGCCACGGCAGCGACCAAUGACACAUACAAAAGGCUGUCUCGAUCUGCUUUUGCAAAGUGUUCUGCUCUAUGGAACAAAACCAGUAGGUCAACCAUGGCCUUUGAAAUAGUGGAACGUGAAUGUAAGCUGCAGUUCCUCCGACCAACUCAAACACGUUGGAGCUCCCUGUUCCUGGCUGUGGAGAGAGUUGUACGCAUUCAGAAAGAGCAAGGAGAGGCAGCAAUUCGGAAUGUCUGCACAGCACUGAAGAUAAAGAUGUAAGUUGACUUAUGACAUGUUUUAAACACAAUUAUGCAUACAACCCAUGGUUAAUUCCACUGUUAAUUCAUUUAAACUGGUUUAGUCUGAGUUUAGUUUUAGUUUAAUUCUGGUUUAUUCUAGAUUUAGUUUUGCAUUCAGUAAACUAGUAUGUGGAGAGCAAACUAUUUCUGAGGUGGUCCUCUGUGUGAACAGUUUGAAAACCACUAAACUAAUUUAAUUUCUGAUCUGUGUGGGGUUUUUUUUUAGGUUUAAUCCUGCUGAAUUUGGAUUUUUGGCUGAGUACACUGCUGUCAUGAAACCUGUUGCCAUGGCCCUCAACAUCCUUCAAGGGGAAACGUAUGUGCACAUGGGAUUUUUGCUGCCAACACUUUACCAGUUGCAGGAGAAGCUAAUAAGGCUGGAGUUAUCCUGCAAAGUCUGCAGAUCUCUGGUAGAUGCCCUGCUCAAUGGGAUUCAGAAACUUUUUGGAGACGCCAUGGAGGACCCUGAGCUGAUUGCAGCAGCAAUACUCUUACCAAGAUUUCGAACAUUGUGGACAACAAAGGAGUGCAUCUUAAAAGCUGGACUUGACUUCAUUAGAAAUCACCUAGACACAGACUCCGAUGAUGGCAGCACAAACAGCAGUCACUCUGAUGAAGAUGACUUCUUUGCAUCCAUGAAAUCAGGAAAACCACAAGCAGGAGAGCUGGAGAGGUACCUUUCAUGUCCAUCCUCUGAAGGUAUGGAUCUACUGCACACCUUUCCUCACAUCAAGAAGCUCUCACUGAAACUCAACACUGGUCUUCCUGCAUCUGCAGCCUGCGAGAGACUUUUCAGUCAUGCAGGACUUAUGUUUACUGCUAAACGAUCACAGCUUCACAGCAAGAAUUUUGAGAGCCAGUUACUGUUGAAGCUUAACCGUCAGUUCACUGAGUGA